CGUCCAGACGCAAAAGCCUCAAAUUAACCACAAAAUCAUCAAAAACUGGAGUACUACAUUUUUAUAAAUAUUCGGUAUGAAAUUUCAAAAAGACCUCGUGUCGCCUCGCAGCGUCACUUGUCGGAACCCGUGGACUCAGCUGACAACACAAAAAAUGUGUCAACAUAGUGUGUACGUCAAGUUGGGGUUAGGGAAAAUAUUUAGUUGACGAUCGUAGCAUGUGGUGAAGUAAUAACCUGUUGGCCAGAUGGUAUUGUUGAUGCUGGUAUCAUCGACAAUUCUCAAUUGAAGAAACAAAACAAAGGUUCAUCGAAUUAUCACAGUGGACAUUCGAGGAUGGAGCAAACUGCUGUGCUUUGGAUGCUGUCGGUGGUGAUGCUGGUGGGAUCGUACCUGGCCGGAUCUCUUCCACUUGUGAUGAACCUCUCCGAGGAUAAACUGCAGUUGGUCUCGGUUCUUGGGGCUGGCCUUUUGGUGGGAACCGCCCUGGCUGUGAUCAUCCCUGAGGGAAUUAGGGCGCUUUUCAGUGAGGCUACUACUGCUGCUCCUGGGGCUCAGCAUUCACACGAUGAACAUGGCGAUCCCCACAGUCUCAUUGGAAUCAGUCUCGUCCUCGGUUUCGUCUUCAUGCUCCUGGUGGAUCAGUGCUCGAACAGAAGAUCAGGGGGAAAGGAAAAAAGUAUGACAGCUACUCUCGGACUCGUGGUCCAUGCGGCUGCUGAUGGAGUUGCUCUCGGAGCUGCUGCAACGACAUCCCAAGCUGACGUCGAAGUCAUUGUGUUUCUAGCUAUCAUGUUGCACAAAGCACCGGCAGCUUUCGGAUUAGUGUCUUUUCUGCUUCAUGAGGGAGUGGAUAAAAAGAGAAUUAGUCGACAUUUACUGGUAUUUUCAUUGUCUGCACCUUGCCUGGCGCUCAUUACGUAUUUUGGAAUCGGAAAGGAGGGGAAGGAGACACUCAGUAAUGUCAACGCAACAGGUCUCGCCAUGUUAUUCAGCGCUGGGACAUUCCUCUACGUGGCAACAGUCCACGUGCUCCCCGAGCUAAUGACAAGAAACAGCAACGCCUAUUCCCAUCUGCCCACAGCUGAGGGAGUGCCCGUCCCGUCAUCAGGACUUAAAUUCAAGGAGAUUGUGGCUCUCGUAGUCGGUUCAUUCCUCCCUGCCCUACUCACAACAGGUCAUCAUCAUUGACACAAACAACUCGCAACAUUCGAUUUUGUUGAAACUAUCGGAAACACGACGCGUUGAUGAAAACAAAAAUCAUUUGUUGAUCGUAAUUUAAAUAGUUUCGAUGGGUAAGUGCAACUCACGGGGAAAUCUCAUGAAAUUUGUAAACGUAACAUGAAUUCGAAAUUCUUUCAUACAACUUCUUUGUACGUGUACCUGAGAGGUUUUUGAUAUAUUGUUAUUUUAUUAUCGUUUUAUGAUACUUGGGACAUUUAUGCAUGCAGAAUUGGGUGGGAUGUCAUUUCAAUUGAAGUAUUAUUCGAUUUUUUCAAGUCAUUAAAUGUAAAAUAUUUCAAACUACUUUAACUUCAUUUUUGAAAUAAUUUUUUGUUUCAAAAAAAUCGUUAAUUGAAGGAAGAUUCGACGAAUGGUUGAAUGAAAUGAUAAAUAUUCAUUUCUAUUCAGCUUCAGAAGAAAAAAUGAAUAAUAGGAAUUUAUUUGUCAGAAAUAAUCAACUCAGAGUACUUUCUAAAGUUUCAUUCUUGUUGGAUUUUCAUAGGAUAGUGCCCAACUCUGCAUGUAACUCUCUUAGAAAAUAAGUCUUCAAUAAUUCCACGUAAUUAUGAUUUUUUACAUAAUUUAUUCAGCGAAGAUAUCGUGAAAAUCUAUAUUUUUGUUUCGAUGGGGCUAUGUAAUUAGGUACAAUCAUGUAGAUAGAGUGAGAUGAAAUGAUGCGUGAAUACACGUCACAUCAGUAAUGACAUUUGAUGGGUGUAUUCCGGGGACUGAUUAUUACGAAUACAGGGGAGUGAGUGCGACUCUUUGCUUUUGCUGGUGAUGCAAAAAUUCCAAUAUGAAUAAAACAUUUUUCGAUGGAAUGUGUACAUUUUGUUGGAGUGCUGAGAAUGAAUGAAAAAUUAAAAAAAGCAAAAUGUAUUUUAUUCUUGGUUUGUAAUCUUGAAUUUAUCUUUUAUUUUGUUAAUACUGUAAUAAUUAAUAAUAAUGAUUAUUGAAGGUUGAACGAUUGAAAUAAGGAGCAACCAGACAACACAAUUAACAGAAGAGAAUUAAUUUUUAUUAUUUGAACUAUUUGUGAUCAGCUUUUAUUUUUGAGCCAUCAAAAAUGAUAAUGAUGAUGAUGAUUAAUAUAGUACUUGAGUGGUUUUAAUCUAAGAAAUGCUACUUGAAAUCAUUUGUAUAUUCAACUGCCGAGGUAGGACAGAUGAAAUAUUUCGGCAAAGAAAAAAUACUAUUUGAAAUAA